ACCGUUACGAAGAUUCAUUAAUCCAUAAUUAAUUUUUCUCCGAUAAAAGCAAUCAAUUACUGAAAAAUCAUCGCUCAAAAUAUUCCGAUUAAAUCCAUCAAUUAUUUGAAACCACGUGUUAUAAAAUAAUCAAUCAAUCAGUCAUGAUUGAAUGCGCUCAUCACGGGGCAAUUAGAAACUGCAUUUCGAAUAAUUCUCUGUAGUGAAUUAAACGGUAAUAAAAUUCCCCCUAAUUAUGCGUUCACCUAAAAAAAUAUCAAUUUCAUCAGAGAACAUCUUCACUUCAUUUCUGAAAAAUGUCUCAUAACAGUUCCUCGUCAAUUAAUUAAUUACCGAAACAAUUCCGCAAUUAAUUAAACUCCACACGAAUUCCGAAAAAAAUCGCCGAUCGUAUUUCGCGAAAAUCUCCAAAACCAUCGGAUUUAUCGAAAAAAGUCAUAAAAGCUUUCUUGAAGCCCUUGAAAUUUCCAACAAAAAAGUCUUGAGUAUUUUUCCCCCAAAACCACUCGUUUUAGAGAUAAUCCGCAUCGAACGAAACGUCAAAAAUCCAGUCAUCACUUUAUUUCGCAAUCAAUGAGACUAUUGUUCUAAUUAUUGUUCCAUUUCUUGUUGACAAAACGAUGUUGAGAAAAUUGAGUUUCUACCAUCCCCGGAUGGAGUAAUUGACUAGGCAAAUCCAGCUGAUGGUGUUACUGACUAGUGCAGGGUGUAACGAAAGCAAGUGGUGGGGUUGUCUCAGUGAGAAAGCUUUGGCUCUUAACGCACUGUCUACAACCGGGAAGCCGCAGUUGGAGACGCGUUGGCCUUCGACACCGUGGUCAUUCUCACUGGGACUAUCAGCGGGUCAUCGAACCGCCAAGAAUCCUCGAAAAUCUCGAGUCCUCAAGACUAAAAGAAAAAAUGUAAAGUCCGAAACAACAAAAACCGAAAGGGAAAACUCGUUAAUUUUCAUUUUGCAAUUGUGAUUUGCCCCGAUUUUUGUCAACUCUCACGGAGAGUUGAUUCAUGACCAGUGGACAAUUUUAAUUUCAUUGAACUGAUCGGCCCGCCAAUUGAUCAAUUAGGUAAUUAAUUAGGGGGAACGACUUCGUUAAGAUGAAUCGAGUCAGAUCGUUGGGAAUUUGUUUUGUUAUCGCGCUUUGUUGGGUGGCGGGUGGUGUCGAGGCUGGUAGCUGUCGCGAGUCGAAUCUCUGCUGCUCGGGAAAGGAUUCAGCGUGUGUCGUGCAAAAAGUUUCAAUAAAUUCAGCGUCACAGGGACUCACGGAUAAGCCAUGUUACUGUGAUCAUGCGUGUUUGAAGUUGGGUGACUGCUGCAGUGAUUUCAAAGAGGCUUGUGGCGUUCUCGACUGCAUUGUCUCAGGAUGGGGUCAAUGGUCAGCCUGCGACAGUGAUUGCGGUCCUGGUGCUCAGUCUCGAUCGAGAAUUGUCGAGCGAGAGCCGGAAAAUGGGGGAAAGCAUUGUCCCCAGCUGGUGCAACACCGCGGAUGUCAAGGAAUAAAAUGUCACAAAAGAAACCCAAAAAGUGCACUCAAAGAAGUGGCACUACUCCUUCCAGCCGAGUUGAGUGAGAUGCGUCACAUAAACGACAGCAAUGACAUAAGAACGAACCUGCGAUUGCGUUACAAAGACAAUUCAGCGUACGACGCCUCCAAAGAAUACUGUGUGACAUUCACCGUGACCAAGGCAUCAAAAGCAUGUGUCAAAGAAUCCGGUCUCUCCGAGUUAUCGGAAGGCUCGCGGGUGUGUGUGCGCUGUCAGACCCAGGCGCUGCGUCGUGUUCUCGACUGGCGAUGUGAAGGUGACGGUGGUACCGAGGCAAUGAUUACCAGAUGGAGCAUACUUUCUACACCCCACUGUCACGGAAAAUGGCUUCGUACUAAAAAAACCGGACCCGAGUGUGAUGCCUCAUUGUGCCAGCCCAAGCCACAUUUCAUCUUUGUCUGAGGUGCAUUCGACUCUCCCCAUCCAUUUUUAUUCACCACCAUCAUCAUUACUCUUCGAAAAUACGAGAGUCCAAUGAUGCUCAAGUCAAGAUGCUGAAUCAAAAAUUGGUGAACGCUUCCUGGCGACGCAAAUCGUUUUGUUAAUUCGGAAAUUAUCCAGAAAUCGUUCAUUUCAAAGAGUUCACUCAAUGCUUUGUUCUAGAAAUACAAAUUCUCCAGAACGUUUCGUAAUAAACAACAUUUUCACGUUUAAAUCGAAACGAGAAAUGAUUUAUUUGAAUUCAAUAAAUUUAUUCACAUUAUGUGAAUAGUAUUUUUAAAUAUGAACAAAUGUGUUGGCGAUUGGAGUGGAGACUUCAUUAGUUAGAAUUAAAAUCUUUUGGGAUUAAUGAAAUUGUUUAAAUUGCUUAUUUUAUAUUAAUGGAAAUUUUUAGUUGAAAAAAUUGUAAUGUUUUGUUCGAUUCAGAUGCAUCAUUUCUCUGGCUGAAUCAUUUCAAUUCCCUAAUUCAUGAUAUUUUAGUAAAAUUCAUUUAAAAACAAUUUUGAUUAAUUGGAAAUGAUGUUAAGACGCGAAGACACAUUGAAUGAUUAAUAACAACAGGUAUAUUCGUAAGUUAUUUUAUAAAUUGAGUCCACAUAUCAAAGAAUGUAUUUUUUAGCCAAUAAGCAAUAAAGUCAUACAUGUGGUAAA